AUGACUCUAACAUAUUACGGCGUCAAAUCAGUAAUACUGGAAAGAAACGAGACAACCACAAGGUGGCCAAAAAUGGAUCUUACCAAUGUGCGGUCGAUGGAAAUCUUCCGAAAGUUAGGUCUUGUACAAGGCCUGCGCGAGCAAGGCGUGGCCGCCCACAUUCCCUACAAUGUUCGCAUUUCGACCGGACUCAGCCGCCCGGAAUCAAUCACGAAUUGGUUCCACCCUAGCGUAAACGAGUACCGCAUUCGAAUUGCUGAUAAAAAUGACGGAACCAUGCCGCUUGAACCUUGGCAACGCAUUUCACAAGCAAUCUUCGAGCAAUGGCUGAAAGGCCGUUGUGACGAGAGCCCUCUGAUCGAUGCCCGGUUCAACCACCGGGUGGAAGAUCUGCAAGAGGUCGAAAAUGGCGCACGGGUUACUGUGACAGAUCAAAAGACAGGGCUGAAAAAGAUCAUUCUAUCACAUUAUGCCGUUGGCUGUGAUGGCGGCUCGAGUAUGGUACGCCGGUCACUGGGAAUUCCUCUGCACGGAGGCCCAAUUCCCGCAUAUGUGCUCCUUGUCCAUUUCAAGUCAAGAGACUUAUCACGGCUCCAUGCACAAGGUCGCUUUUGGCACUUAUUCUUCGUCGGAAAUGAAGGACUCACUGGGGCGGCGAUUGCUCAGAACGAAGUCGACACGUGGACCACUCACCUUUUCUUGCCUCUUGAGAAGGAUUCAGACUCCAUUAGCUCUCAAGAGGCUGUCGAGACUUCCCUUGGAGGAUUGCACGGGAGGUAUCCAGUGAAAAUUGACAGGGUUUUGGUCAGAUCGACGUACAGACCUCGUAUCGCGAUUGCUCAGAGUUAUUCUUCUUCUAAUGGUCGCAUUCUCCUCGCCGGAGAUGCAGCUCAUCAGAACAUCCCCACUGGCGGCUACGCCGCCGUAAUUGCCGGCUUUGCAGAGCCACAGCUGAUGGAUUCUUACGAAAGUGAACGUCGACCAGUCGCUGUGGAUAGUAUUGAGCACUCAGGCGUUCACAUGAAAGUGCACAUGGACGUCGCCCAGAUUCUUCAGGGCCGGGCGGGAGCACUAGAUGAGGACUCUGAGGAGGGGCGAAAGCUCAGACGUGCGCUUCAUGAGCACUAUCAGAAGCACAACGGCGAGAACAUCGAUCUAGGGAUCGAGAUGGGAUAUCGGUACCAGUCUCAUGCCAUUUUUACAGAAGACUCGCAGCCUCCGAAGUUUUCCCCGUCAGCGUAUAUCCCCAGCACUUAUCCCGGCAGUCGAGCGCCUCAUAUGUACCUGGGAGAUGGAACACCCAUUUUUGACCACUACGGCAAGUAUUUCUCGCUUGUCGAGUUCUCUGACGGUGCAGACUACGGAUCGGAUCUCCUUUUGAAGGCCGCUGAGCUUGGCUGGACGCCGAUUAAGCUUGUGAGACUCGCCGGUGAAGAUCAUGCCUACAGCGUCUGGGGACGACGACUUGUCUUGGUACGACCCGAUGGACAUGUUACAUGGCGAGGGGACAUGAUCAAAGAUUUCGCCGAGGCUCAGAGAAUUGUGGCAGCUAUAAGGGGAGUAAAAGAAGUGGUCAUCAACGCCCCUGAGACGGCGGCACCACCGUACCAGAACGGUGUAAACUCAUAUUCCACGACCCCCGUGGAGUCGGCAGUCCCUCCUAAGUUCACGUCCACCGUGGGCACCGACGCCCAGACAGAGGACUACCAGGUAGAGCGAAUGGGGGAUUCCAGGUUUAAUGCGAAGGGCAGGCCAUGGGGAGCACCAUAUUGCUACCGGCAUGGUGGGAUGAAGCAGCAGUGA